AAUCGGAGGAUGAUUUUAUUAAAUCCCAUUUUCUGAGUUUUCUGGUCGUUUCUCGUUUGACCAUUUCGACGUGAUAUGUUACUUGAUAUUCGGCCCAACCCGCAAAGUGGUCCAACAACGAAUUCGCCACCGCCACCAUGAAAGUAAAGAGGCAAAAAACCAAUAGGCGGCAUAUGAACGUCUACACCCACUCAUAUGGGUUCAGAGAGCCAUUCCAAGUGCUAGUGGACGGCAACUUUGUAGCUGUAGCUCUGCAUAUGAAAACCGACCUAAACGAAGCCUUGGGCCGAGUGCUGACAGGACCAGCAAGAGCAAUGACGACAGCAUGCGUCCAAGCCGAACUUCGCACUCUAGGGCGGGACUUUUACGCCGCGCUUGAGUCUGCGCGCUCCCUCGAGCGCCGUCGCUGCACACACCCACCACAUGCGCCUGUGGCAGCAGCGCAGUGCAUUGCCGAAAUUAUUGGAGAAACGAACAAACAUAAUUAUUGCGUUGCGACGCAGGAUUUGCCGUUGAGGAGCAAGCUAAGAAAAAUUCCGGGAACCCCACUGAUCUAUAUCAACAAGAGUGUGGUGAUCCUGGAGCCGCCCAGUUUAGCGACAACCGAGUGGGUCAAGGAGAUGGAAAAGAAGAAGACACUUCCCCAAGCAUUCGAAGUAUCUGUCAUCAAUAAACCGGCGGAACCGGAACCCGAACCACCGAAGCGGAAGAAGAAGGCCAAGGGCCCCAACCCCCUCUCUGUAAAGAAAAAGACGAAGGAAGAAAAACAGGCUGAUGCGGCCAAAUCUGCCGCGAAGGCGAAAUCGAAGGUCGGCGAUGGGAAAGCGGGGUCGAAAAGGGUCGCUGGGAGCGAGGAAAAGGCGAAAGGGGGUGAGGCAGGAGGAGAGGUUGAUGGUAUAGACGGCACAGAUCCCGGGGCGAAGGCGGUAACUGAGAAAGACAGCACGACGGAUGCCACGCCAGUCGUAGGAACCAAAAGGUCGCGAGACGCAGAGGAGAGCGAAGCGGCGUCAGCGAAACCCAGGGAUGCUCAGGCUGAAAACUCCUUUGAGAGUGUGCCGAGGAAGAAGAGGAAGCACAAGCACAAGCCACGUGCACUGCGGAGGGCUGAGGGAAGCGCAACGGCUGGUGUCGCGGAAUUGGCAGCGUAAGAGUAGCGCAAGAGAAGAGUAGCGGAAGUCAACGUGGAGCAGUUUGCGUAGAUACGCAUUUGCGCAUUUUUUGGCGAUAGAAAUCCUGGUACCAUAGCCGUCGUUCUAGAAUCUAGAAUUUAUAGCGUUUGUCGGUUCCGGCAUUUAGUGUCAUAGAACACUUUGUGAAUGGCACGAAACAGCGCUGCGUCUAACCACGGAAGACUGCUGGUAUUGCUAGUACUCCUUUCCGCUUCUGCACGCAAGUUUGCAGGCCUGUUACUUGGAUAUUCCCUUACCCCGUGACUAUAUACAUAGUCUGUCUUGGCCAAUUUAGGUGAGUCGAUACGUAGGUGUUCGUCGGCUACGAAGG